GCCACCUGGAGCGGGAGGGCUCCGUCCGUUCCUCCCUGCCCACGGCGUCUCCUUCCUCGCCCCCACCGCUGCCCCGCUGACUGCUCCGGGGCUCACCUCUUGGACCAGCGGUAACACACUUGGUCCCGGCCACAGCAGGUGAGGCCAGGAACUCGGUGGCCGCCCGAACGCUUCCGGAUCACUCCUUCCCUGUGGACAGAGUCGGGGAGCGGGCGUGGGGUGGGGAGAUGCCCGAAGAGGAAUCCGGAUGCCCGCCGCGCCCCCGCCCCUGCCCGCGCACCGGGCGCUGCUUUCCCCAUCCUCAGGCAGGGAGGGAUCCGCGGGUUUGCCCGUGGCCCGCGCGGGACGUCGCACACUCACAGUCCUUUGGAGCCAAGGUCUGGGAUGAAGGAGAGCUGGCUGACUUCCAGGAACUCCGUCUGCCGAGGAAGACGAAGGCUCAGGGGAGAGACUCUGGCUUCCAGCCCCUCAGACCCCACGGGCCGGGGUCCUCUGCCCCCCGGGGGUCUGAUGAAACUGCCCCCCCUAAAACCAGCCCCUGGGCCUUACCAUGGCGUGGUAGUUGCGGUAGAAAGACAUGGUCAGGAGGCGGUUGAGGUAAUUCUCCAGGUAUUUCUGAAGCAGGGACAAGAGACAGACACAGAUGGGACCGGAGCCAUGGGCGCACGAAAUGCCUUCCGGGGCGGUCCGGCGUCGGGUCGCACCUGUUUGCUGGACGCGUGUCUGGAGGAGCCCUCGGGUCCUGCGCGAGGCAGAGAGGGCAUCUCGCGGUUGGCGGCUUCUCCGGCGGGGGGAUGGGUGGUGGCAAAGCUGCGGAGGCGAGGCGGGAAGAGGGUCAAGUGGGAGCCAGGAAGCUGAGUGCCUGGAUCCCUGAAGCACGAGACCGGGAGGCUUGGGGGAGGCCCGGAGGCUGGCAAAGGCCCCCUAUCCUGAGAACGGAGACGAGGGAGGCUGCCAAGGGCAUUUUGGGCGCCCCGCCCGGCUGAGAUAUUGGCACAGGACCACGGACAGGGAGAGCCGAGCUGGGAAGGUUUCCUGGUAACCGGGGUCAGGGAAGGGGGGCCCCCCCCCACCACCACCACCAGGGGCCAGAGCUGGGGCAGGGAGAGGGUGCCACAGGCAGAAAGCAGUGGUGGCGGCUGGGGCAGGGACAGGAUGGGGCACCGCCUUCCCGACAGGAAGCAGACCGGUCCCCUUACCGGGCCAGAGGGAGCAGACUCAUCAAGACUUUGUGCCUCAGGAGGUCCCGGUGCAGCUCCUGGAAAUGACGGAACUUCUUCUUGGUUGUCCAGGUGAAGACCCAGAAGAAUUGAAAGCACACGGGCGCACAGAGACCUGCACGCGGUAGUACUCAACUAGCCAAAUCGUGGGAACAACCCAACGUCCCUCAGCUGCUGAAUGGGCAGACAGAACAUGGUGGUUCCUCCAAGAAUACCAGUGAGUCCCCAGCAGCAUCCAGGCUGGAAGCAAGCUGUCAGCGGAUUUUCACGGCUCCUGUCGGUGGUCCCAGCCCCUCCGUGUCUGUCUCUGCCACCUGCCCCCUCCCAGUGGCCUCCUGCUUCUCCCUGGAGAUCAGAGAGGGCUCCCAAAUUAAGGGGGCGCGACAGGAUAGGUGUCUGAAUGGGGUAUCCGUCCACCUCUUCCCUCCUCCCUCUCCUCCUCCUUCCAUCCCCUGGCGCCUAUAAUCACCAGGCGGUCUGAGGCUAAGUGGUAGUUUGGCCCACAGUGGGGGGGCUUGCCAGCCACACCCCUCCUCCUGGGGCCCUCCUGACCAGUCCCAGCACCCUGGUCUCCUCCACUGGUGAGAUGGGUCUCAAGGGGGCAUGGUGUUUCCCAUGGUGUGGGUGCCGGAGGCAGCGGAGGACUGGAAGAGGAGCAGGCCUGGAUCCGGCUGCCCCUCCAGACCCAAACCCCGGCCCGGCUGAAGCCCCCACCGUGGCUGAGGGAGGGAUACCCGCCCUAGGGUCUGGCGCCUACUUCAGCAGGAAGGCCCGACUCUCCUUCCGCCACCAGCUGCACGACCCGGCGACGGCCAAUGACUCCACCAUCUGAUGGGGACGACCGACCGGGGGCUGAACUUUGCAACCUUCCCUCCCCAGACUUCUGGGUCAUCCCUGUUUGGCCCCACAGCCCCCACGACCUUGUCAUUAAAUAUACUCAGAG